AUGUUACGCCCUACCCUCCUCAUCCUCUCCGCCUUGCUGCUGCCGCCACUCCUCGAGUGCUUCGACUGGCGCGUCACCGCCAGCCUUGUGUCCCCGAUGCACCCACUCGUAUGCCUCGCUGCCUUGGUCGCGCAGCAAAUGCACCGCCACCCCGCGUUGCCUGAGCAGCAGCGCGAGGUGCUGCCGGCCGCCGCGGGCUCCUCGCUGCCGCGCUCCGCCUGGCACAUGCUCGCCCUCGGCGUGACGGCAGCAGCUGCCAUGCUGAGCCUGCUGGGUCCUCCGGGCGCGACGGCGCGUGCAGCGUGCGGCGUGGGCGCCACGCUUGUGUGGCUGCGCGCCUGCUGGUCGGAUGGAGCGGCCGCCUCCGGCUCUGCCCGCGCCGCCGCGUGGGCGGUCGGCAUGCUCGGCGCAUCGCGGCUAUCGAGCGAGAUUGCGGCGGAGCACGGCACGCCCGCCUCAGUCGAGGGGCUGCACCAGCUCUGGACCGUGGCCUGCGCGGCGCUGGUGGCGCAGAGCGCGUGCGCGCUGCUUCCCGCCCGCGCGAGCCGGCCGCAGCCGGCAGCGCCUCGGGACUGGUCGCGGCUGGGGCUGCAGCUGCUGGGCGCCGCGCUGCUCGGCGGCGCCGCCGCCGUGCGCGCGUCCUCGUUGCGCAGUGGCGAGGGGGCGCUAGUGCAGGGCCUGGAGCGGCUCGGCACCUCCGCGUGGACGCUCGCCGCGUGGCUGCUCGAGCACUCGCCCGAGGACGAGCCCGCGGACGGUGCGGCGCACGAGAGGAGAGUCUGCGUCGGCCCGGUCCUCGUCGACAGUGUCGGCCGGCGGGGCGGCGUGCAGAGCCUGCG